AUGGCCGACGCCGAGGAGAAGGCCAAGCAACUGGCCGCAGCCAGGAAGAGGGUCCAAGAAUUGAAGAAGAAGAAGGGAGGAAAGGAGAAGGGCGGCGCGAAGAAGGGAGAAAAGGGAGAGCCAGAGAAACCUCCCGCCGCAUCCGAGUCGGAGGCCGCCCCCGAAGAUAAUAAGCCUGUUUCCGAGGAGAAGGCAGAACCCGAGGAAGGACGGGCGUCCGAGGAGGCAACAGAUGACCUGCCGCCGAUCUCGCCCUCCCAAGGGAACGCUCCCUCGCUGGCUGCGCAGUCCAAGGCGAGGUCUGCUUCGUUCCGGCAGCCCUCGAUAUCCGGGCCUCUGUCUCCCGGCCUGUUCAGUCCGGAAGGCGAGACAGCCCCAGAUAUCUACCGCAAACAUGUCGCGAGAAUAGAGGAGUUGGAGAAAGAGAACAAGCGCCUGGCGAAAGAGGCCGGCGACUCCGAGAAGCGCUGGCAGAAGGCAGAGGACGAGCUGGCUGUCCUUCGGGAAGGAGAUGCUGAAAGUUCCGGGAAGAAGUCUAGCAAGUCGGCCGGUGAGGUUGAGAAGCUGCGAAACGACAUCCUCGCCCUCCAGCGCCAGAAUUCCCAGCUCCAAUCACAGCUCGCCCGCGGCGGCACCGGUGGCAGACAUGGUUCAUCCCCCUCAGUCUCGAUAACGACCCCCCCGACGGCCGAGCUGGAAGCUCAGCUGCAGUCCAAAUCAGCGACCAUCGAGACGAUGGAGCUGGAGAUGUCGCGCCUGCGCGCCCAGGUCGAGCGCCUCUCGGUGUCGGCGAGCACCCCCUCGGACCAGAUCGCGGCCCUGGAGGAGAAGCUCGCGCGGGCCGAGCGGGCGGCGGCGCUGGCGCAGCGCGAGCGCGACGACCUGAAGCGCAACCUCGAGCGCACGUCCGAGGGCGCCGUCCGCGCGGGCUCCGAGCGGGCCUCGGCCGAGACCAAGCUGCGCGCGCUCGAGCGCGAGGCGGCCGACCUGCGCUCUGGACGCGACGACGCCGCCUCGAGGGCCGACGCGCUCGAGCGCAAGGUGGCCACGCUGACGACGCUGCACCGUGAGCAGGACGGCCGUACGCAGGCGCUGCGCAGGGAGAAGGAGGCGGCCGCCAAGGAGGCCGGCGAGCUGCGGGCCCGGCUGGAGGCGGCCGAGGCCGAGAACGUGCGGCUGCGGAAGCGCGACGCGGCCGAGGGCGGCGGCGACGACGAGGCCGUCGACGAGCUCGAGGACGAGGGCCGCCGCCGGCUCGAGGACAGGGUGCGCGCGCUCGAGGCCGAGAACACGGACCUGCGCCGGGGCAUCUGGCACGAGCGGAGGAAGGAGAUGCAGGCAGGGCCCGACGACGGCAACGCUGCUGCUGCUGCUGCUGCCGGCGCCGCGGGCGGUCCGGGCGGCCGGUUCACCGACGUGGACCUCGGAGCGUCGCCGCACGCCCACCGUAGAGGCUUCUCCCAUCACCACGGCGGCGGCGGCGGGGGUGGGUUCGGCGACUUCCUCGCCAGCGGCCUGACGGCCCUGACGGGGGGUGGCGCCGCCGGCGACCACCACCACCAGCAGCAGCAGCACGAGGGCUUCCUCUCCGACGACGACGGCGACCUGGACUUUGACGAGGACGCCUUCCGGAAGGCGCACGAGGAGGAGGCCAAGAAGCGCCUCGAGCGCAUCAGGGAGGUCAAACGGUCGCUGAAGAACUGGGGGGGCUGGAGGCUGGACCUGGUUGAGAGCCGGAGGGGCGGCGGGGAGGGCAUCGGUGAGAUUUUCGAGAUCUGA